CCAGCCGGUACCGUCCAGCGUCAGUUCAUUCGGUGGCAGUUCAUUCGUGGCAGCCGUCCCGAGUACGGCCGCGUGCUGCAAAACACACAAAACCUCGUCACAGGAAACGGUUGACUUUCCAACCUUUCGACCGAACGGUUGGAGCCAUUCCAAUCCCCGCCCAGCGCUCCCGUACGGCGCUUGAUUAAGAGAUCAAAAAGAUCACAGCGAGCGGCGUGCGGCGGCGGACACACUUUUUUCUAGCCUCUAGCGUGACGACGACGACGAUGGCGCGCCUCGCAAAGCAACCAUCGGCAUUCCGCUGCAGAACGAUCGUUUUUCAACCGAAAUUGACAUGUUCGAGCAGCUUGCUAUUGUUGUGCUGCUGGCUGGCGCUACUCCCUUCCCCGGAGGCACACACCAUGAUCGAGCGACCUUCGCGUCCAUCACCGGAGGAUUAUCGGUACCAGCGCGCACUGCUAGCCUCCGAGGAAGCCGCCCUUGCCUUCGGUGCCGACAUGACACUCGACGGUAACGAGAUCCUCGUGAACAAUCACUUGAUGGACCUGAAGCGCGAAGAGCUCGAGAAGGGCUACACCAAUCCGUUCAACUUUUCACCCGCACGCCACUUCUUCGAGGUGCUGGACCAGAUUAACGCAUCGCCACUGUUUCGGUUCGUGCGCGAGCUACCGAAGGGAGCGGUGCUGCAUGCGCACGAUACCGCCCUGGCCAGUACGGAAGUGAUCGUGAAAGCCACCUAUCAACCGCACCUGUGGCAGCGUGGCCGUUUCGAGCACGGCCGGCAGCCCGAAUUUCUUUUCUCCCGCACGAAACCCACAGCGUCCCAGCGAGGCAAUAACCAUGACGAUGAUGAUGACUGGGAGCUGGUGCAAACCGUCCGAGAAAGGAUGGGCCCGGCCAGGUACGAUGAGCACGUCCGGCAGCUAUUCUCACUGUACACGCCGGACCCACAGACCGCGUACCGCAGCAUCAACGAUGUGUGGGAUCGGUUUAGUCAGAUCUUUCUGGCGUUCAAUCCCAUCGUUACGUACCGGCCCGUGUGGGAGUUUUACUUCCGGGAGGCGCUGCGGGAGUUCCACGAGGACAAUGUGCUGUAUCUGGAGUUCCGCGGACUGCUACCUACGCUGUACGACCUGGACGGCAAGACUUACGGGCCGGAGGAGGUGGUACAAAUCUAUCGCACAAUCACGGAGGAGUUCAAAGCCACCCAUCCACGGUUUGCCGGUACGAAGUUCAUCUACGCGCCGUUGCGACUGGUCGACAACCAGACGAUGGAUCAAUACCUGAGCCUUGCCGAACGGCUGCACCGCCUGCACGGUGACUACGUGGUAGCGUUCGACCUUGUCGGCCAGGAGGACCUGGGCCGCCAGCUGCUGGAUUUUGUGCCCCAACUGCUCGAGCUGCCCGCGUCCAUCAACUUUGUGUUCCAUGCGGGCGAAACCAACUGGAACGGCAUGCCAUCGGAUGGCAAUUUGUUCGAUGCCAUCAUGCUCGGCACGAAACGUAUCGGGCAUGGCUACUCGCUGCUCAAGCAUCCGCUGCUGCUGGAAAAGGUACGGCAGCGCAACAUUUGCGUCGAAAUCAAUCCCGUCUCGAAUCAGGUGCUCCGGCUGGUAGCCGACCAUCGGAAUCACCCGGCCAGCGCACUGUUUGCGUCCGACUUUCCGCUGGUCGUAUCGUCGGACGAUCCGUCCUUCUGGCGCGCCGCACCACUGAGCCACGACUUUUACAUGGCGUUUCUCGGCAUGACGAAGGUCGGGCAGGAUUUGCGCGUGUUUAAAAAGCUGGCCCUCAACUCCAUACGCUACAGCUUAAUGAGCGAUCGGGAGAAGGAGGUGGCGCUCGGGAAAUUCCAACUGGCCUGGGAUGGUUUCAUCGAUCGGAAGGCGGAGCAGCUGAGGGCGAGCAGUAGGAAUGAGGUGUAACUUUGAACAGGGGAAAUAUAGCACGGUUCUGCUACAAAAGUUGCACAAUUUUCGUUUACAUCAGUCGAUGAACUGGGCAAGAAAGCGGUUAGUACUGGAUCAUAGUAAAAUCAUUAUUAUGAUCAUAAAUUUCAUCAUCCUUCAUCAUUCUUGGAACCACACAUACCAACGAAUAAUUUGUUAAAAUGGUCAGAGAACAUGUUUGUAAAGAUCAUUGGACAACUGGUACAACUUGCACUUGCAUCUAGUACAACUAAUGAGCUAUUAGGUCCUAAUACAAUCGAAAUUGAAAUACCUCUAAAUUUUGAUAGAAGCGCAUGUGUGGUGUUCCCAACGUAAUCGAGCAGUAAUCGAGAUCAUUGGUAAUCAUGAUAACAGCUAACUGCUUGGAUGUAAAUUGUAAGUUCUAUAGCCUCUACAUUUGAUGCUUUACUUGUUUUCGCGGAGUUUUAGUUGUCGAGGUAGUCUUGAAGCUAUAGUUCCGUAUGAAGUACCAAACACACGACUACUCGAAUCAUUCCUAUGGUAUUUGAACGUUUAAAUGUCGAACAUGGACACCAGUAUCUCGCUCACCCGAUCUCGCUUUAUCGGUAUCUCGAUUCCCGUAUAGAUCGUGCUCUCCAGACGGUACUGGGUGACUGAAUAUCCUGCAGUAGGUAAUCAACAAAUCACCCAUAAUAAUUUACCCAUUGAUGGUAAAGGUCCGAUAUCGGUGGUUGCACAAAAAGAGAAGAAUAGCUUAUUUGUAUUAUGUUUUUCAUUCACCAUAAAUUAGGUUUGAGCAAGUAGCUCAUGGUGUUGAGCAGGCUUGAGAUAUCCUGUAUUAAUCUUUAUUAUUGCAGGAAUGCAUAAUGAACCGGAAACUAAAUUAUCCUGUCAAAGUUUGUUAAAUCAA